AUGUCUGUUAUAAAUAAAUUGCGGGAUAAAUUACAUUAUUUUGGCGAUAUGAGCAACUUGCACGGCGUGGGGCAUGUGCUGUCAACAUCUCAUGUACCAGCCAUCAAAAGAUGUUUCUGGGCGGCUAUACUCCUGGCGUGCUGUAUUGGCGCGGGAACGAUCCUCAAGUCCUCCCUGGAGCUGUUUGCAACUGACGCCGCAUCGUACUCGGUGUUGACAGACUACCUGGAGUGGGACACCCCCUUCCCCGCUGUCACUGUGUGUGAGCAAUCCGACACGGGUCGAGCUAAAAUGUAUUUGAAUCAAACAAACCAACCAUCCUCCCUCCAAACAUUCUACAAAGAGGUUGCCUUCUGGAAUGUAAACUACUGCCGAGUGUGUAACACCUGUAGGAUGAACGAGACCUGUGUUGAAAACUUCAUCGAGAGUGUGAGGAGGAUCAGACUCAAGUGUACGGAGCUGCUGUCUGACUGUUGGUUCGGUGGGAUCCACUUCAAGUGCUGUGAUAAGUUCCACAAGAUACAAACGGAGUACGGUUCAUGCUUCGUGUUCAACUCAGCGGUCAUAAACUCGACUCUGCUCACAGUUAACCGGCGCGUCGGCCUGCCAACUCUUGAGUUCUCCGCUAAGGAACUCGUGGGGAUGCGGAUCCAUGCCCCAGAGGAGACAGUUUCAGCGACGAUGGAGAACAUACUCGGCCGGGCCGCCUCCCUGCCCCUUGUCACCAAGUUCGAUGUCAUAUUGAAGGUGGAACAAACGGUGAACGAUGCGUCAGUGAACAGUAUCUCGCCUGCUGCCCGCGGCUGUCUCUUCGCACAUGAAACUCCAGGGUUUGAAGGUUGGCCUUUCAACAGGUACACCUACAGUAGCUGCCUAUUGUACUGCAGGGGCCAGGCGCAAGACAGCCUCUGUAACUGCACUCAUCACUUUCUUGCUGACAUCGUAAAAAUCCCGGCUUGCGACGUCGAAGGGCUGGCAUGCCUUUAUCAAAACAAAGAUCACAUCCUGAAAUUCAAAUGUAACUGUCCAAUGGCGUGUGAAGAUAUCCAGUACAAGGUGGUGCAUGUGUUCUUCGAUCGUGUGGCGAAGGCUCCAUCUGGUGUGUCCCAGGUGACCCGGGCCCGCGUGCGGCUGGCGCAGCUGCCCACGCUUAGGGUGAGAAGAUUCGCCAUCAGGGACAAGCUGGGAUUAGCAGUGGAUAUCGGCGGGGUCGGCGGAGUGUUCUUCGGCGCUUCUCUCCUCAGCGUUAUAGAAAUUGUUUAUUUGUUUUGUGUGCGUAAAAAUUAA